AUGGGCGGAGGGCGGAGACGGCGACGGCGACCGGGCGGUGCUGCCACACCCUGCCCUUCCCAUGGCGAUGUUACUCUUGCCCUCGUCGGCAAAAUUGGCUCUGGCAAGAGUGCCACCGCAAACAGCAUCCUCGGGGAAGAAGCGUUUGCAUCGAAGCGCUCCUACCGCGGGGUCACCAGGACUUGCCAGAACAGAAGUAAGGCGUUUCAGGAGGGCUCUGCUUUUCGCACGCUGAAUGUCAUCGACACUCCUGGCUUCUUCGAUAUGGAAUCCACUGCUGAAGAUAUUCAGAGGGAGAUAGCUAAGUGUAUGGACAAGGCAAAGGAUGGAAUACACGCAAUACUUCUGGUUUUUUCAGCUGCAUCCCGGUUGUCUUGUGAAGAUGAACAUACAAUUGAGUCGAUUAAACUGUUUUUUGGUGAUAAAAUACUUGAUCACGCAAUAUUAGUUUUUACACAUGGAGAUGAAGUAGGAGGGAUGAUCGGUUGGAAAGAAAUGUUAUCUGAUAGUGCCACAUCAUAUCUUCAGGAAAUGUUAAAGUUAUUUGAAAAUAGAGUUGUUCUCUUUGACAACAAGACCAGUGACGCUGAGCUCUGCCAGUCACAGAUCAACAGUUUGUUUGAUGCUCUGGACUUUGUCUUAUCAAUUAAUGAUGGGAUACCAUUUUCCAAUGAGAUGUUCAUGAACAUUCAGGAAGCGCAUCAAAUGUUCAAGUCAAAGACAGAGAUAAACAAUGAAUACCUUAUGCACAUCACCAAGAUGGUGGAGGAAAAGCUCAACUGCACAACUGAGAGGCUGGAAAAGCAGCUUCAAGAAGAGCAGAAAGCAAGGCAGUAUGCGGUGAAUAUAAUGGCAGACCAGAUCCGUAGUCUGCAGGUAAACCUAGAGAAGGCUGAAAAUGAUAGGAAAGUUGCCAAGGAACGCCUUGAGAAGGCUGAACAUGAAAGCAGAGUUGUUCGAGAAGAAAAUGAGAAAUUAAAGAGGGAGCGUGAGCGUUGCAUCAUUCUGUAG